GCGGGGUCACGUGUCCCCGCCCGCAGCAUGGCGGGAGCGGCCCCGGCCCCGCGCGGCUCUCCCGGGGGGCGGCGGCUGCGGGAGGAUGGGGUGAGGACAGCGACGUCUGCUGAGCAGACCAAGGUGGAGGACAUCGUGCAGGAGGUGUUUGAUGCCUACAAGUCCAACCAUCACAUCCCACAGCUCAUCCUGCAGCGGGAGAAGCACUUCCAUUACCUGAAGAGAGGACUCCGGCAGCUCACUGAAGCCUAUGAGUGCCUGGAUGCCAGCCGCCCCUGGCUCUGCUACUGGAUCCUGCACAGCCUGGAGCUGCUGGAUGAGCCCAUUCCCCAUUCAGUGGCCUCUGAUGUCUGCCAGUUCCUGAGCCGCUGCCAGAGCCCCCAAGGGGGGUUUGGGGGGGGUCCAGGCCAGCACCCCCACCUUGCCCCCACCUAUGCUGCGGUCAAUGCGCUCUGCAUCAUCGGCACCGAGGAGGCAUUUGGGGUCAUUGAUAGGAAGAAGCUGCUGCAGUAUCUGCACUCACUGAAGCAGUCGGAUGGCUCCUUCCUCAUGCACAUUGGGGGCGAGGUGGAUGUGAGGAGCGCCUAUUGUGCCGCAUCCGUGGCCUCCCUGACCAACAUCCUGAGCCCGGCUCUGUUCGCAGGCACGGCAGAGUGGAUUGCGAGGUGCCAGAACUGGGAGGGUGGCAUCGGUGGCGUGCCAGGGAUGGAGGCUCACGGUGGUUACACCUUCUGUGGCCUGGCAGCCUUGGUCAUCCUCAAGCAGGAGCAUCUCCUGAACCUGCGGAGCUUACUGCACUGGGUCACCAGGAGGCAGAUGCGCUUUGAGGGUGGCUUCCAAGGUCGGUGCAAUAAGCUGGUGGAUGGAUGCUAUUCCUUCUGGCAGGCUGGGCUGCUGCCCCUGCUGCACCGAGCCCUGCAUGCCAAGGGUGAUCCAGCCCUAAGCAUGACCCAUUGGAUGUUCGACCAGUCGGCACUGCAGGAAUACAUCCUCCUGUGCUGCCAGUGCCCGGCCGGGGGGCUGCUGGACAAGCCUGGCAAAUCCCGGGAUUUCUACCACACAUGCUACUGCCUGAGCGGCUUGGCCAUAGCACAGCACUUCGGCAGUGGGGAGCUGCACCAUGAAGUGGUGCUGGGUACCCCAGAGAACCGCCUGGCGGCCACGCACCCCGUGUACAACAUCACCCCGGAUAAGGUGGUGCGGGCGGUGAUGCACUUCCUACAGCAGCCUAUGCCCAGCCUGGAGUAGGGGGUACCCCUGGUGCCCCCCCAUAGUGUGCACUGGUGCUGUGGUGCAGAGUGAGGGGCUCAGGGUGCCAGCAAUACCAAAACCCUGUUCCUGGUGCUGAUCCCGGUGCUGGUCCCAUUGUAUGGAAUAAAGCCCCAAGGAUGAGCUGCCCCAU